AUGGACAACCUCAUGAGCUUCUCCGAGGGCGCCGACCCAUCCAAGCAGCGAAAGUCGAAGUCUAACCGCUGGAGCGGCGCCAGCAACAGCGACGGCCGCCGCUGGCGCGUCCGCAAUCAGCGAUAUAGCGGCCGGGCUCAAGAGGACGGCACAGUGCCCAAGGGCUUCAAGUUCUGCCCCAUAUGCGGUGACUCCUUCCACGGCACGCCCAACCCAAAGGCCAAGCCGCCGGCCGUCGCGGAGGAGUGGCAGUGCGAAGGCUGCGGCGAGGUGUCCAUCGCGGGCUGGUACUACUGCUUCGAGUGCGGACGGCCGCACGGCGCGCCAAAGCCACCGCCGCCUGGCGAGUGCGGCGGCUGCGGCGAGUAUGUACCGGAGGGAGACCUGUGGAAGUUUUGCUGGAACUGCGGCACGGCGACCGGGGAGUGGGAUAGCGGCGCCAAGGGGCGCGCCGCGCGGUUCGAGACUAACGAGGAGCUGGGGGACUGGACUUGCCACGGCUGCCGCGAGGAGGCGGCCGCACUCCCCGCUCCUCUGGCCGCCUGUUGCGGGGACGAGAUACUGCCCGUGCUGCGGUGCGCAAAAGCCGGGCUGAUGGGGACAGCGGGCCUGGUCGGCGCAAGUUUUGCCGCCUCGCGCCUCCUUCUUCCUCACCCUCAUUACGCAUGUGCAUCCCGAGCGGCGGCGCGCCGGCUGUGCCGUGUGUCCCUCUCCCUGUGCGUCCCGGUGCGCUGAGGCUCGCCGCCUGCUCUACAUGAUCGGCUUUUUUGUGCGCCGCGAGACUCCCUCUUGCGCCGCCGCGCCGCCCCGCCGCCGCCCGGCGCAGCGUUCCCCGUCUCUAUUUGCGUGAUGUAGCAAAAAGGUCGCUUGUACGUGA